CGGUGCAUGCUGGGAGGAGCUGGAGCAGGUUUGUAGUAGGAGAGCAGCCGGCGGUUUCCAGCGUCACCUCCAACCGUCCCGCACGGUCCGGCCGGUCGAACCCGACCACCCGAGGACCGCGCUGUCUUUAGCCGAGCCAUGGACGUCCGCGGCCGGCGUUUCGCGGUGUAGCCCGGACCAGCCAGCACAGAACCAUGGAGCCAGACGUGAUCCGCAUGUACUCUGCCUCGCCCCCGCCAAUGGAGGAUGGUGCCGAGGAAGAGGAUGAAGAGUUUGGAGACUUCGGUACCUUCUCCAGUGUCCCGAACAGCACCAGCUUGUCGGAGUUUGAAACCCCGACAACGUUCAACCAAACCCAGGCUCUGACCGCCACCUCACCCCCCGAGCUGCUCGCCAGCAGGGGGAUGGUGGAUUUCAGCCGCGGCACCUCCAAUGGCAUCUGCACCCCCGGGAACGAGCUGUCCAAGGCUAACGGCGUCGGGCCGAUGAGCCACCCGGACAGUUCAGACAGAACUGAGUCCAGGAAACUGGUCUCCUGCUCGUUGGACUUGUCUGUGAGCAGCGAGCCCGCCAAGUGUAAUGGUGGAGACACGGAGGUGCUGACGAACGGCUUCUUAACCUUUGACCUUCAGGGAAGCCCCUCCUCACAGAAUUCUGUCCACUCUCAAAUAGAAGGACUGUCCAGUGAGGAGACGGGCAGCAUCCCUGUUGGCAGCUCAGAGGAUGAGUUUGCAGACUUUUCUGCUUUUUCCAACACUGAAGGACACCUGACAGCACAGAACGAUGGUCCCACGGCACAUCCCCUGCCGCUGGAGUCUGCCGUCCACAAUCAGGGAACAGAGGACACAGUCAGGGACACAAACAGGACUAGAGCUGAGACGUUGGACGGCUCUGGUACUACUGACUCACUCCAAAGGGAUGGAGCCUUCACAGCGGAGCGCUCACAGACUGAUGGCACUAAAGACGGUCCGGUUCUGAUGGACAAGUCCAAAGAGACAGUACGGGGCGGAGAAACCGACAUUUCAUCUGACUCGGCUGCAGACAGUGAGGUGGCACAGAUGGAUGAGAAGAGCUCUGAGACGGAGACAGAGACAUCGUUUGGCCGUCCUCUGUCAACUGAAGCCCUGGAGGAGUACGGUGACACGAGCCUCACCGGAUCGGUGCCGUCUCUGCCCCCCCAAGGAGACACAUCCUCCCCCGCAGACGAGGAUGAAGACUUUGGAGACUUCGGCGACACCGGCUCGUUCGUGGGUCAAGACUUUUCAGGUUUUGAGGUCCAGCAGGAUCAGAACCCUCUGCAGGGUUCCGGUCCUGCACAGGAAGUGAUCGACAUGGAGCAGGAGGAAGACUUCGGAGACUUCAGCUCCCCCAGACUUAACUCCGGUGGAGACGAGUUGGAGGACCGGGGACAGUUUCCUGCCAGUGACAGUUUUGGUAACUUCAGCUCGGCCGCAGGCGGCGAGGACGGCUCCGGGUGGAGCGCCUUUGGGGAGCAGCACGAGACGGAGGGGGAUUCCUGGGCGGCAUUCAGCACAGAGCUGAGUGCUGCUCCUCCUGCAGAGGAGGAGGAACAUGAGGAGGAGGAGGAGUGGCAUGAAGGAGCAAGUCCUGCUGUCAGCGAGCACAUGGACAAGACAGAAGGGCAGACGGCGUUGCUGUCCAGCCGUUUGGAGAAGCUGUUCCACUGCAGCUUCCCUCAGAGUUCCGUCCAGAACCAGCAGGCAGAGGACCGAAACCGAGUGGUGACUCUGAAGGUUCUGCUGGAGCCUGCAGAGGACGGAGCAAAGCCCGAAGAGGAGAGAUCACCAUGCAGCCGGUUGGCGCUCGGCGCUGUGUUGCUGCGGCUUCAGGACGUCCACGAGGCGGUGGGUCUCAGGUACCAGUGGGGGGGCUCGCACUGCAACAAAGCGCUUCUCUGCUGCCUGGGCAUCGACACCAGAAACAUUCUCUUCACGGGUCAGAAGAAGCAGCCGGUGAUCGUCCCCAUGUACGCUGCCGGCCUGGGGAUGCUGGAACCGACCAAAGAGCCCGUGAAGCCCGUCUCUGCAGCCGAGAUGAUUGCCUCCAUUGCCCAGACGCCUCCUGCAGCGCCGGAGAAAAGCUCCUGUCACUCAGACUCUGUCCAGCAGGAGGCGCUCCCUCCCAUCCAGUUCGACUGGAGCAGCAGUGGCCUUACCAAUCCUCUGGACGCCAGCGGAGGCUCGGCUCUGUUGAACCUGGACUUCUUUGGUCCUGUGGAAGAUUCUGGUUCCGGCAGCUCGGCCUCCAUCCCAGGUGUGGACCCGGAGCUGUUUGAGCUGACCACAGCCAAACUGGACCCAGGAGGCACCGGCAGCCGUGUGGCCGACGCCUUCGCCCGCCUCAUGUCCACCAUGGACAAGACCAGCACGUCCACCAGGAAGCUGAGGAAGGACGAGAAUCUGAGCGAAGAAGCGGCUAAGGUCAUCGCGGCGCUGCCAGAUCUUUCUUUCAUGCAGGCCAAGGUUCUGAUGUUUCCUGCCACGCUGACGCCGCUCAACUCGCAGGUCGCUGCUGACUGAAGCUCCGCCCCAUCACCUCCCCUGGCCCCUCCCACCUGAACCUUAUUUUCCUGACUGCAUUAGUUCGUUGUUCAGAUGUUUUAAGGUUGUUUUUUUUUUUCCCCCAUUUACCUUUCAAAAUAAAAUAAGCAUUUAUAGUGGGAGGGGGGAAGCUGAAAAGCUCCUUUUAUUUUGGUGGGAUUAUGAAGGAAACACUGACUGAAGCUUUUCAGUCCAACUGCAGUGGGUCGUGUAUAAAUCUAUAAAAUACGUUUAUAUUU